CUCACUCUCCUCUUGCUCCUUUUUAAAAACUGGUUCCUUUCUUUGUAAUGUCCUGAUCAUUUCUCAAUAUACAAAGAAGCCUAGAGGACCUUCCAUAGAAAACAGGUGAUAUCAAGAUUGAAGAAGAAACAACCAGCAAUAAGAUCUUGGACAGGAACCAAAUACUCACAUGAAGUACACAAUACUCAUCUCCGUUGUAAUUGUCCUGAUGUUUCAGCUUAUAACAUCUGGAGAAUCAGUGGAAUUGCAAAAAUAUCCAAUGAGCUUUGAAAGCAAUUCUUUUGAUGACCAAUAUAUGGGCUGUGAAGAGACCAUGAAUAUAAAGGCAAUAGAGCUCUUAAAUGAAGAAAGGGCAAAAAACCCAGAAUUCGACAAAGUUUGGGAAAAAGCAGAAAAUCUUUGGAAAAAUAUGUCUCCUGACAAAAAAAGAAUGGACAAGAUGUUUGAAAUUGCUGUCAUUGCUUAUACAUUGGAAGACUAUAAGAUGUAUCAAACCUUUAAUCAAGCAGUUAGAGGAUGCUGUGAGUCCCUGGAGUCUUAUGUGAAAAAUUUCCAUUUCAAAGCUUUCCAUUUCUAUCUCACCAGGGCUAUUCAAACCCUGAAAGGAACCUGCAGAAAUGUUUACAGAGGGGUCAAUGUGAAGAUGUACCCUGAUGGGACAGGAAAGAUGCGCUUUGGUCAAUUUAGUUCAGCCUCUCUGGAACAAAAUGAAGUCAAAAUUUUCUCAGGUAGCUCAGGGACCAUCUACCAUGUGUACACAUGUAAGGGAGCUUCCAUUGCACAUUUAUCCAAGUUUCCUUAUGAAAAAGAGGUGCUGAUCCCCCCAUAUGAGGUGUUUGAAGUCUCUAGGUUCUCUGAAGAUUCCAACGGCAUUACAACAGUUAAUCUAACUCACGAAAGAACAUUUAGCAAGUAUAACUGUGCCUUAGUAGGUUCUGGUAAUAAGGAAACCAUCCCUGGACAACUUACAACCAUCUUAUUCUCUGGAGUCUUCAUCCUAGUCGUCCAAGUUCAUUCCCAGAUCUUGACAGGAUUCUAGCUACCCUGGGGCCCCAGUCAAUGAUAUGCCAGUAAAUGUUUACCAACUGGCUCUUCCCCAUCUUUUUCCCAUCU